CAAUUGCUAUCAAAAUUGAAAGAAAUGGAAAAUAAAUUUAACAAUAUUAAAAAAACGUACUAGAUUAGUCCGUGACGGUUUUUGUCUCCUCUCUUGGGGCUUCGUCGGAGGUUUUCCCGUUUGAUGCCGAGGCUGUCUGGCCGGUCCGGUAAUGUGGCUGUCGGAGAGGAACGUUCUCCACUCGAUUUGAUUGGGGUUGGGUUGACUCCGGUGGUGCCGAUCUGUCAGCCCCUGUUUAGAUUGGUGGAUUUGGAGGAGAGUGGGGGAGAAGGAGGGGUAGACGUCUCCCUCACUUUGUUUUUCUUCGGUAACGGAAGGGGAGGGAGACGGAGGGUGAUAAAACCCUCACCACGCCUCUAAUUUCCAUCUUUUUAAAUUGGGGAAUUGGGAGGAUUUGAUUUACUUAUUUAAUAUUUUUAAAAAAUAAAUAUAUAAAAAUAUU